UCCUUCUCAAUGCGAAAAUCUGGCAAAUAGGACUAUAAUUCUAUUACUCUGAAUGCUCGGCAUCAGAGUAUCAUUCGAGCUUUGCCUUUGCCCUGCCUUUCGACCUAGAUCCUUCAACAAUUUAACCCGUACACUGGGAAGGGACCUCCAUAAUCUCAAGUACUGUUCUGCAAUGGCCAAUUCCUCCGGUACACUUCCAGUGAAAGCUCCCAUCACUCACGUCAUCUUCGACAUGGAUGGUCUCUUACUCGACACAGAGAAAUUCUAUACUGAGGUCCAGGAAAUCAUACUUGCCAGAUACAAUAAAACUUUUGAUUGGUCUCUAAAGGCAAAAAUGAUGGGGAAGAAAGCAAUAGAAGCUAAAGGCAAAAGAUGGGAAGAAGCAAUAGAUAGCUGGCUAAGGUUUUUAGUUGAGGAGACUGGGAUUAGUGAUUCUCUUUCGGCUGCAGGAACUUUCCUUGCUCUUUCGGCUGAGGACUUUCUUGUAGAAAGAGAGGAGAUGCUGCAGAACAUGUUUCCAACAAGUGAUCUGAUGCCAGGAGCUAGCGGUUUGAUCAAGCAUCUCCAUGCAAAAGGAAUACCAAUUGCUGUGGCAACAGGUUCUCACAGACGGCAUUUUGAAUUGAAAACACAAAGACACGGUGAGCUUUUCUCCUUGAUGCAUCAUAUUGUUCUUGGGGAUGAUCCAGAAGUUAAACAAGGCAAGCCAUCACCAGAUGUAUUCCUUGCAGCAGCCAGGAGAUUUCAGGGUGGCCCAUUGGAUCCACAGAAGAUUCUUGUUUUUGAAGAUGCACCCUCAGGUGUUCUUGCAGCUAAGAAUGCUGGAAUGAAUGUAGUAAUGGUUCCAGAUCCAAGGUUGGAUAGCUCUUAUCAUGGAAAUGCAGAUCAGGUUUUAAGCUCGCUGUUGGAAUUCAAUCCAGGUUAUUGGGGUUUGCCUUCUUUUGAAAAUUAGGAAAGCUAAAAUUUGCAGAUUUUAGAAAUAAAAAUAAUCUCUUUUACUGCUUUUCAAUUGAUAUGAUUUUAGGCAUGUCCUUUCUGGUUUGCUCUUUGGGCAUACGUUUUAAUUCUCAUUUUACUAUCCACAAAUUCAUUUCUAUGAAGGAAUACUCAUCAUUGAUCAUACUGAUAUACUUGUUCUUGAAAGGGCAGAAGCCUACAUGAUAAAGACACAUAUGUGAAGAAAUAGUAACAAGGUGCAAAAAGAAUAUUAUAUGGGUUCUUGUUUUUUCACUUCAAGGUCCUUUAAUAAUAAGAGAUAUUUUUUUUCACUC